UUGUGUAGGAGAAAAGAAAGUAGAAGCAUUUCCCCUACAAGUGUAUCGUCUCCAGAAGGCAGCAAGCUGUGUGACGCAGCUCAGAAAGGAUGUGAAGCAAUUUGCACUGAACUACUGCGAAAAUUAAAAUCCACGUCAUGGUGCGAAGUAGUAGAUACUUUAGAGGAAAUUCCAAAAGUGAUGGAUAAAUUCUGGAAUGUAAUCACCGAGCUUCGAAUAGCUGAUCUUCUGAGACAAGUCACUGUUCACGUGGACUCUCCACGCUCACAAGUAGCUCGCACUGCUUGCGUUACGCUCGCAACCAUUUUGAAAAAUACUAACUAUACAAGAAAACCGGACUUCUACGAGGCGGUGACAGCCCUGCUGGUAAAGACUAGCAGUUUUAGCCGGCCGGUUCGACGUGCGGCCAACAUGGCCCUCGACGAUAUAGUCUGCAGCGUUGAUUUCACGCAAGCCGUCACUGCCCUAUGUGUGCACGGUGUUGGACACAAAAGCGCGUUGGUGCGGUGCGCGGCGGCGAGACUGCUGGUGGUGUGCUGCGCGGUGGGGGGCGGGGGGCGCGGCCUGCUGCGCGCGCGCCCGCCCUCCGCCGCCGCCGCGCGUCGCUUCGCCUUGCGCGCGCUCGCCCACCUGCUCGAGGACAGAGCCUCCGACGCCAGAAAAUAUGCGGAGCGUUUAUACAUGAUGCUGCGACCACUUGCGAACUUCGAGGCUUACUUUCUCACCGACGUGGACGUCGAAGUCGCUUCCAGGCAAAUGAAGAAAUUCGACCAACUCCUUAAGCUGGAUUCGAAAGAUAGAUGA